AUGGAGAUCUUCAUAGCUGACCAACGUGUCAAUUCAGCAAGGAAAGGGAAUAGUGUUAUCGCAUUUUUAAGGCGUUGUUUCUCAUUGUCGCCUAUUCAUUGACGCUAUGACAUAACUGCAAUCUGAAUAAAACAAAUUGAUCGACAGAAUAUUGAAUAUUUAUCUUUGAAAAAGUAAGUCUUUAGACUACAGCCCUAUUAGCAUUGAGAGGGACAUCUUUAGGCAGUGAUUUGUGAUAUGUUAUCAUCAUCAUGGCUGAGAAUUUCCUAUGUCUAUUCAGGUUCUUUGCGUUCUGCAGAGUUCUGUCUCUGAUACUUCCUUCCAUUAAUGGAUAUCCCUUAUGCACACAGGCGAUAUUAGGAGAUUUCUCCGCUGAUGAAUGUCCACAAAUAUUUCCCGAGUGUACAUCGGGUUCUCUGGGCUCCAUCGAGAUAAACUCGGCUUCGGUGACAGUCACAUCAGAUGACGGAUAUGGAGGGAAAGACAUAUCGACCGUGGACGCCACCGAAGCAACGAACAGUAUCGUUAAUUGCGGUGACGUUCCCACCUGUGAGGGUGUAGGCUAUUUCCUCAUUGCCCACUUCUCUACUCUACAUUGCUUAGGAAUUCAACCAGGUAUGGAUUCCUUCGUGCCAGCCGGACUUCGCUAUAUUCUCGCGGUCGUAACCGUACGAUACACGGGAAUGCAAGGAGUCAGUACGUUUCAAGAGCGAUACGACGGUCAUUUUUAUCACUCAGUGUACCGCUUUGGUUCGGGGAAUAACGAAUGCAGUUCUUUCCGAGCUAUGUCGGAGCAUCAGCUCCCGUUUGCAACUGACACAUCAAUCCUGUCCUCAAUUCCUUGCGCUUACAUUUAUACAACCACCAACGGUGUAGACACAACGGAUGAUCUCACAGAGUCGACCUCCCAUUCCCCCGUCUCCACUCUAGCUCCGUCGCAAUCUAUACAUGCUAUACCAACGUCUGAUCAAGGAGGUAUCACUGUAAGUCCUUGGUCUGAUCGCGACUUGAUCACAUCCGUAACAAGUGAUACCACAACGGGUGAUCUAGAGGAACAACCUCUCCAUCCUCCGUCUCACCAUCUAUUCUACAUUCACCACCUUCUGUACCAAUGUCUAAUCGCACUUCGAUCCCAAAGGGUCUUGAACUCCUAUUCUACCCCGAAAUCUUGGAGCAGAGAAUCUUUGGAAUUGCCACGAAUCUCAGCAACGGGCAAUCAAUCGAAAUUGAUAAUAUUUACGUAUACCGAUCCAUUCUUCAGGAUUUGUGUUCGACUGGAUGGAGGAAAACCGACGAGGACGGUAACCAAUAUUUUUGGCCUUCAAAUUAUUUCUGCAACAUUUUCGAAGGCCAAAAUGAAACUGCGGAGAGGCCUGUUCCUGUCAUAUUAGGCAUUGCUUCAUCCUCGCAUCUUGCUGAACUCUACAACAAUAUCAUCUCAAAGGAUGCCACCAUCAAUGCCAGUACUGAUACUAUUCUACGAGUUGCGAGUAAUAUCAUAACGGCAGCUGUAUUCAUUGGUAAUGUGUCGGUCUCGCUUCCCUUUAGUUUCAACCUUACACAUUCUAUAAUGCUAACUCAUGAGUUCUCUUCCCCAUCCUGUCGCUUCUUUCAUGAACAGACCAG